AUGGAUUUUGAAAAGUUUCGUCGCACAGGUGAAUUAUCUGACAUUACAGUCAUAGUAGACAAAGCUGAAUUUAAACUUCAUAAAUUUCCAUUAUUUACAAAAAGUAAUUAUUUCAAAAAAGCGAUUGCAUCAACAUCAGCACCAUAUAUCAUUCGACUUGAUAAUAAUUUUCCAGGUGGUGCAGAAGUUUUUAAUCAACUUGCAGAUUAUUUUUAUUCAAUUCCAAUAGCUAUUGAUCGUAAAAAUAUCGUACCACUUCGUUCAGCCGCAUGUUUUAUUGAAUGUGAUACAUUAAGUACACUGCUUGAUAAACAUUUUGAUGAAAUAAUUUUAGACGCACGAACAAAAUAUGAUUUGACGAUUCCUUUAUUAUUACUUGAACAAUGUACAGGUGAAUAUCAAAUAUGGGCUAAACAAACACAUAUGAUUGAUAAAUGUCUUGAAUGUAUUAUUGAAUUAUUAAAUUUUGAUGUCGGUUUACAAAUGAAUAAAUCUGAUCGAGAAAUUAUCGUUCGUCUACCACUUGAAUGGAUUGUUGAAUUAAUCAAAUUAUGUCCUACAGAAAGUAAACGAUGUAUUCUUCCUCUUGUUAAACAUUAUGUAACAAUGCAUGUACUUGAACAAAAUCAAUUGCAACAAAUUACAAGUUUAUCAUCCCGAAAAAGUGAAGGAGAACAUUAUAGUGCUUUUACACCUGUUACAAAAAUAGAAGAUAUACCAGUAACAACUGCUGAUGAAAAACGAACAAUAAUCGACGAAGUUGUUAGACUAUUAGGCGAUGCUCUCAAACAACUCUCACUCGUUUGGCUUAAUUCAAUUUAUGAAAAAGCGGUAGAAUUAAAAUGUCAAAGUGAACCAACAUUAUUGUCCUAUAUCACACAAGCAAUGCUCGAUUCAACUGAUCAAGAUGAUGGUAUAGAAAAUAUUCCUGAUGAUGUUAUGACAAGAUUAUUAGAACAUGUGAACAAACAUAAAGAAGAUCAUAUUAAUGAUCCACAUCUAUUAGCAAAAUUAUCAACAUUGAUUGAUUCGUAUGUUGAACAACUUCGUCAACGAGGUACACUUACCAGUGAACAAUUCGUUAAAUUAGCUUCAUGUAUACCAAAAGAACAACGUAAUUCAUAUGAUAGUCUUUUACUCGCACUUGAUGAUCUUCUUAAAAAUGAAAAAUCAAUACAAUUAAGUAAUGCAGAACGAGAUGAAUUACUUAGUCAAGUUGAUUUUUCACGUGUUAAUGAAGAAACAAUUGUAGCAUGUAAAAAUAAUAAACUUAUUCCACAACAAUUAAUUACUGAUGCAGCAUUGGCUUUAUGUGUUAAACUAAGAAAACAAUUAGAACAAACUCGAAAUCGUUUACAUAUAGUUGAAAGUGAAUUAGCCAAAUCUCGAAUGACUUACACCAGUAGUUCUAAAUUUCGAUCACGUAAUUUGAAUUCAUCAUUUCGUCUUCCAUCUCGAUUUCGUACUACUUAUACAAAUACUUAUGAUUUACCCGACAGUAGUUUAACAUAUAGUUAUUCAAAAUAUAAUCAUGAAGGUGAUUUUGAUUAUGCAUUACCUUCGAGAUAUCUUUCAUCAUCAUCAAGUAGUCGAUAUGGUUCUUAUUAUACUUAUCGUUAUUAA